GGGUCAAACUGUAAACAAACUUUCUUCGGCCCAAACAAAGUCUCGUGCAAUUUUUACUCCAGCAUUGUGUCUCCGUUUUGUGCAUUAUUUUCCCAGCUUGGUAGUACUACCGCUCUACCUUCAUCAUCAAUGGAAAUCUUGAAUCGUCUGAACAGAUAUGAAAAGAUUGAUUUCCUUGGCGAAGGACAGUUUGCCACCGUUUACAAAGCGCGCGAUGCCGAAACGAACGAAAUAGUUGCGGUGAAAAAAAUCAAAAUUGGUAACCGUGAAGAGGCGGCCGAUGGCAUCAAUCGAACCGCGCUAAGGGAAAUUAAGCUGCUGCACGAGCUACAGCACGAGAACAUCAUCGGCCUGCUGGAUGUGUUCGGGCACAAGAGCAACGUGUCGCUGGUGUUCGAUUUUAUGGACACGGAUCUGGAGAUUAUCAUUAAGGACCCAAAAAUUAUACUCACCCCGGCCAACAUUAAGAGCUACAUGAUCCAAACGCUCCGAGGGCUGGAGUAUCUGCACAUGCACUGGAUACUGCACCGGGAUCUGAAGCCAAACAAUCUGCUCAUCAGUGGGACCGGUGUGCUGAAGAUAGGUGAUUUCGGUUUGGCAAAGUUCUUUGGCUCACCCAACCGUAUCAACACGAAUCAGGUCGUCACGCGGUGGUACCGCUGUCCGGAGCUGCUGUUCGGUGCCCGACAGUACGGGACGGGUGUGGACAUGUGGGCGGUCGGAUGCAUUCUGGCGGAACUGUUGCUGCGCGUUCCGUUCCUGCCCGGUGAGAGUGAUCUCGAUCAGCUGACGCGUAUAUUCCAGGUACUCGGCACACCGAACGAAACGAACUGGCCGGACGUGAAGUCGCUGCCGGAUUAUGUGCAGUACAAGUUCUAUCCACCCAUUCCACUGCGGGACAUUUUUACGGCGGCGUCGGAAGAUUUAAUUGAACUGGCGAACAAAAUGCUUGCCCUGUACCCGUUGCACAGAUGCUCCUGUACGGAGGCGCUGAAGAUGGCAUACUUUUCGAACAAGCCCGCACCAACGAUCGGACCCCGGUUGCCCAUGCCCGCCAGCUAUAAUGCGGCUAACAAACAGGAAGAAAAACCAUCGCUAAAGCGAAAGAUCUUGGACAGUAUUGAUGGUGGAACCGUUCCGAAGCGUUUGCAGUUCUGACCGAUGCAAGACGCGCAAUCGUUGUGCGAUAUCUUAAUAAAUUGGGGUAAAUAACAUACAUGUUACUUCUUCUGAAAUAUCCGUAAAAAAGCAUGCAUAUUUAAAGCAAUAAACAGAAGAAAGGAGCAACCAUAA